GUCCUUCGAAUCACCAACUUUCUGACAGUCACCAGCCUUAUCCAGAACCAACCCGAAAACUUCUUACCCCAAAAUCGAAGAAUUCUUCUCCCCACACUAUAAAUACUUUUCCUUCCUUUCACUUCCUUCCCAAGUCACAACAAAAGCAACCUUCUUUCCCAGUCCAUUCCGAAAUUAAACUUCUGGGUUCCCAUCAGGAUUCAAAUUCAGAUUCUGGGUUACUGAGUUUCGAAGAAACAGAGCGAGGAGGAAACAGGGGACGGAGAAAACAGAGCAAUCAAGCGAUGGCGGAUAUUGCGAUUCUGGUAGCGGAAGAGUACGAGAGGAGAUUGAAUCGGGAGAGAAGAAAUUCAGCUGCUGUUGCUUCGGAGAGGAAAGUUGAUCACGUUCAUCUGGUGGAGAUCAAUGCGAAUUGGGAAUCCGCUGCUGCAGCUGCUGCUGAAAACUUGAGGAGCAAGAUGGUGGAGAUGUUGAAGACGACGAAGAAAGUGCUGGUUGAGCCCAAGUCACAGGUCAGCCUAGCUGCUUCUACGGGCUUCUUCUCCGCCUGAACUUCUAUACAAUUCCUCCCUCCUACUGUAAUCCCCUUUUUUCCGCCUUUACUUCUGAUUUUCAUCUUCUGGGUUUUGGAGUUUGUAUAUGUAGAACAGCCGUGGAAACGGAAAACAGGGGGAGGAGUUUCAGAUUAAUUGCUUUUGCCCCUGAAGAUUUCACCACCCAAAAAAAUGUUCUUGAACUUUAUGUGUUGGUGUAAAAUAUGGUGAGAAUGUGUGUUUUGCAACUUCUGGCCGCAGCGACGGAAUCAGGAAUUUAGGUAAGGGUGGCCGAUUUUUUUUAAAAAUAUAUUAUUAUGUUAUUUAUCAUUCAACAAAAAUUACCAAAAAAUAUCAACAUAUAAAGCUUAUUUUUAACG